CUCACAGAUUAUUCGCUAGUGCCACAAAAACACCGGAAUAAAACGAAAAAAUGGUUGAAGAAACGGUUCCGGUAGCGAAAUUAAAGACAAAAACAGCCCGUCCGAAGCCAGUUUAUAUGUGGACCGUCGUCGACACGCUGAAAUGGCUGCGAAGACAUUGCAACGAGCGGUGUGCACAAUAUCAAGAUGUUUUCCAGCGGCAUGAAAUUACCGGCCGUGCGCUGCUACGGAUCACCGACGAGAUGACGCUUCAACGGAUGGGUAUUGAGGAUGAGAAGGAUCGAGAUGAUAUCCUGCGAGAAAUCAUCAAGCAGCGGUUGAAAACAGACAUCAUGGAAAUUCGUGAUAUGGAGCUUAUGAAUAACGUGUACCAAAAUUGUUAUUAGAAAAUCCCCAAGCAUGUCCUGCCGGAGAGGAAUGUGGCCCGUGCUGGAUGUUUAUUAAACUUGUACGAUGCUUUACAAUAAAUCUAUAGUUUGGAAAGUUUCAUGUUUCUCUUUUUGAUGGAAUGAUUCCUGUUCUUUAUGGAGGUUUCAAAACCUCGUCUCGACAGCUGCAGGGAACAUAGUUGGAUCUUUUCUUCGACUCGCGCUAAUACGAGCAGUUCAGCGUGAACGCAGUGUAACAAUUGUUCCACUCCUACAGUCCCCUUGCAGCUCGAGCAUACCCAACAAUGUACUAUGCGUUGCAGUUUUCAAUUUUGCAUCCACAAGUUGAUGUUGGCUU